AUGCCUAGCGGCAACAGCAACAACGGUUACUCCUACACUUCCUCGGGCACCAAUAGCCAGGGCAACCACUAUUGCUCCCGUGAUUAUGGUAGCAGCGCCUCGAACUCAAACUCUUACCAUUACUCCAACAGCAAUGGCUCGUACUACUACUCAAACCCCAACGGUAGUACCUACUACAACAAUGGCCAGGGUGGUUCGACCUACACCUCAUCCAGCGGCCAGAGCUCAUCUCAGGGCUAUGGCAAGAAGUAA